AUGCUUUUCGCCCAGCUUGCCAUUGCGGCUCUCUCCUUGCCUGCCACCUUGGCUAGUGCUAUUCCCACCUCCCUUUCUCUUCCUCGACACAUGAUUACUGCCAAGGAUGAGGUCAUACCAGCCACUGAAGCUGAUCCUGAAUGGGUUGAGAAGCUGCGCAACCAUCCCACGGUUGAUGUGCCGAAACUAAAUCUCAUCGAGGGUAACGAGCCCAACAUUAUACCUACCUCCCCUGAGGAAGACCUCUUCGCCACAACUUCGAGAAACGAGCCGGGUUUGGUCUUGGAAAAACUGGAGAAGCGCAUCCCAGUCCGAUUCUGGUCUGAUGUCCCAGUCAACACGUGCUGGAACAUUGAUUACCUCUCCCAAGCUGAGAAAGAAGCGUAUUGGACAGACGUCCGUGCAUUGAUCAACCUUCUGCGCGCCAAUGGACGGUCCAAUUGGGAUUUAGCUCCACAGACGUAUCGUGAAUACCCGAUGACCAACCUUUUGUUGACCGUCCGCAACCAGAGCAGGUGCUGGCAACGUGGAGCCUUUUCGGAUGACAUGGCCAUGAUUGUUGAGGCAAUCUACAGACAUUGUACUGGAAUGGGUGCUGGCUGGACUGCCUACACGUACAGAAACUCAUUGAACGACCGAACUACCACUGUUGAUGACUUCAUUCUAAUAAUUCGCCCUCGACGGACUACAGUUCCUGGAUAUACUGCAAGUUGCAUCUAG